AUGCCCCCUAUAACCGUAUCCAAAGGGCGCGGCCCCUCCAGCGACCCAAACGAAACCUUCACGCAAAUGGCCGACACAGACCUGGAAUCCCUAGGCCGGCACUGCCAAUACGAGUACUGCGGCCAACUAGAUUUCCUCCCCUUCCGCUGCGAAUCCUGCCACAGCACAUACUGUCUAGACCACCGGACCGAAACCGCGCAUGAGUGUCCUCGCGAAGGCGAAUGGGCCCGCCGCCGCAACGGAACAAACACCAAUCGUGAAAACCGCACCGCCCCCGAAAAACCAUCUAUCUACAACACCGACCAAUGCGCCCACACCCAGUGCAAAACCCUCAUCAACACUCUCAAAGACCCCGCCGUGCGUUGCCCCCAGUGCAACCACCAGUACUGCCUGAAACACCGUCUCCGCGAGGAGCACGAAUGCGCCAAGAUUACCCCGCUGGGCGCGCGCCAGCAAAAUGCCGCUUCAUCAAAUGAUACAAUCAAGUCCAUGUUUGCGCGCGUGCGCACCUGGGGCCGCGAUAAACAGCAAGCCGCUGCCAAGGGGACCCUGCUGCCAACUCUCCCGAAGAUGAAGCCUAAACCGAAUAGUCCGGCUGCCCGUGCGGUUGCCGUUAAUGGCCUCAAGCGAUCGGCGAAGGGAGAUGCUUCUGUUCCUGUGGAUAAGAGGCUGUAUUUGCAUGCUGUUGGUACGGCGGAGACACAGGCUGCGAAGCCGCCGGCUGGUGAUUUCUUUUUCGAUUCGAGGUGGAAGGUUGGCCGUGUGCUUGAUGAUGCAGCGAAGAAGUUGCGGGUUCAGAACUUGAACAAUCGGGUUGAUGGGGAGGAUUCGAGGUUGCGGAUCUUCCAUGUUGAGUCUGGGGAUUUCCUUGAGUUCUCGGAGACUAUUGGGGCUGGGAAGGUAAAGCAAGGUGAUACGAUUGUGUUGUUACGCGGCGCUGGGGCUGUUCUUGAGAGCGCAUGA